AUGGCCGAGCCAACAGCGGACGAGAUAUUGUCCCGGGUCACUCAAGAACUGGGCCCGACCGGAUUCGCUUGCACGUCGCUUACUCCACUCUCUGGCGGUACUGCGAACUUUAUAUUUAGUGGCAAGUUGCAAAAGCCUCUUGAUGACGGGACAGCCGAGAUUGUCAGUCUCGAGCAUGAGUGUCUUCAGGCGGUGCGCGAGUUGGACCCGACCAUAAGUCCGUCGUACAGCGUUCGAACGCCCCGUCUGUUUUAUUUCAACCUAGACUCGAGCACCCAGAUCCAAGAAUAUCUGCCCGACUCUCUUGACCUUAAACAUUAUGCUCUGAAACGGCUGUUGCCAUCCACGCCUGAGCAGCAGCGGCCCAAAGUCCUCGAGCUGGGACGGGGCCUCGGUAGAUGGCUGCACAGCUUCCAUGACUGGUCCAGUCAUCCGGACCAAGAGUCCUUGCGCAAUGCCGUCAAGUUGAAUAAGCAAAUGCAGGGCAUCAAGCUCACUUACAACUACGAUCGUCUACUCUGGCAGCUCCAGAAAUUUCCGUUCCUCAAAGACUCGGAACACGUAUUCAAGGAAGUCAUCGCAAAUGCCAAGCUCGAGCUGGAAGAUGAGAGCAAGCUGAGCGUCAUCCAUGGUGACUUCUGGACAGGGAACAUUUUGCUUCCUGAUCAGAGCCUGGAGUCAGACCACCAAAAGUCCAUUUUUGUGGUCGAUUGGGAGAUGUGUCAAUUGGGUGUACGACCAUUGGAUUUGGGCCAGAUGAUUGCAGAGCUCUAUGAGCUUUUCCUAUACAAGGACGUUGAAGCGGCACUGUGGCUGAUAGAGGGAUUCGCCACUGGCUACGGAUUUGUGGAUGACGAUUUUGCCUUCAGGGUCGCCAUUCACGUUGGUACGCAUCUUGUCGGCUUUGGCACGAGUGUCGCAGGCUGGGGCAACGCGGAAGCCGUAGAAAGGGUUUGCAAGGCAGGCAGAGAUAUCAUCACACAUGGCUGGGGAAAGGAUCGGGCUUGGUUUGAAGGCCACAAUCUAUCGCCUCUCUUCAGACACCCCUGCUACCGCCGAUAUGUGCAGAUGAAAGCUGUCAAGCGGCUCGAGGUGGCGUCCAAAGAACUCCGCGCCGCGCCUACUCAGACCAAAAAGGUCCUGGUCGGCUUGUCCUUUGGAGUAUCGUCAUCCUCACUCAUCAGUAUUCUUGAUGAAAGUGCGAAAAAUCAAUUAAAGAAGAGGCCCACGCCGGCCUAUGACCCAGUAGUGGUGCACGUCGAUACGGACAUGCACGAACAGACUUCACCAUUGCCACCCGAAACCCAGAGGAUACUGGACAAGUUCAGCGAGCGGUAUCCCCGCUUCAAGUUCCGCAGGAUACCGCUCGCCGCCGUGCUGGGUCUUGACACGAUCGAUUGGAGCGCGCUACCCAUCGCACCGAGCAGCGGGGAGGAGGGCGGCAAGGCACCUGAGGAGCGGCUGCACGACUUCUUCACCCGCCUGCCCUCUACAACGUCCAGGGCCGACAUCAUGCGGUUGCUUGUGCGCCACGUUCUCAUAUCCGCGGCGUUGGAAGAGGGCUGUCAUGCCCUGCUCCUGGGUUACAGCACGACCGCCUUGGCAGCGCUCACCCUGAGCGAGACGGCAAAGGGCAGGGGUUUUACGCUCCCAUGGAUGACCACCGACGGGCUCCAACCGAUCCAGACCUUCGCCGCCUCACCACAGAAUGGUACAGGCCCGGGUGCUGCUCCCGAGACAGCUGGGACAGAGGUGGCCAGGCUACCAGUCUACUACCCCCUCCGCGAAGUGUUCCGGAAUGAACUCGUUGCGUACACAGACCUGGUCUCGCCACCACUCACGGACCUUGUCCUGUCUUCAGACGCCACUGGAUCUAGUUCCGCCGUCGUAUCACAUAAGGACGUCAGCAUAGACGAUGUGAUGGCUCGUUACUUUGACGAGGUGGAGGCGAGCUACCCAUCGAUCGUAGCCAACGUGGUGCGGACGACGGCAAAGCUAGAGCGUCUCGGGGAGAAUGGAGACGAUACAUCUUGUGGUCUAUGUGGAAUGGGGCUGGACGAGCAGGGAGAUGAGAGGUGGAAGGGCGAAAUAGGGGACGCAGAUGCAGGGGAGUAUGGGAAGUUGUGCUACGGCUGCCAGCGGGCGAUGCGGAAUUGA